AUGCGCUUCAAGAGCCAGAUCAAGAAUGUGAACCUCUUCGCCAAAUUCUGCGCCUCUUUGGCUUCACUUGGGCAGAUCGCCUGGUGUCGUCUAAACGAUGACGAUGUUCAAUUUACAAUCAUCCCUGAUAAAGGCAGCCAGGUGUGGUCCGUCCUGAAGCCCGAGACCGUCUUCGAGACGUAUGUACUUCAAUCAGCCUCGCCAAAGAACACAAUCAACCUCGAGGUGCCUAUCCAGGCCCUGUCCAGAGCCCUCAAGUCCGCACAUGGCUCAACGUCGGCACAGAUCCGCCUAACCAAAAAGGACAAUGUGCCUAUGCUGUCGUUAACGAUCGUCAUCAAUUCAUUGAGCAGUGGCAACAGUCUGGUUGCAGCCCCGUCCAUGAAACGUGCAGGCGGCGCACCUGGCGAGUUCGAUUUCAACGAUGAUAUGCUCGAUGCAACCUUCGUUGAAGGAGGCCCAAGGGAAAGGGAGACUAUCAUCACUCAAGACAUACCGGUGAAAGUACUCUCGAUGGAGGUCGUGGAAAGGAUCCACCAGCCGCGAACCCAGGAGCCGGAUGUAAACAUCUGUCUGCCACCUUUGGCACAAAUCAAGACUAUAUCUGACCGCUUCACUAAACUUGCUGUGGCAACUACGAAGGGUUCUUCAAGCGCCAAUCCCCGCCUGGAACUCAGUGCAAACAUGCAUGGCUCACUAAAGAUAUCCGUCCGCACAGACGCCCUCAACAUAACCAGCCGGUGGAUUGGCCUUGUUAACCCGGAACUCGACCCUGCUCAUUUUCCCGAUGGAUCGCAAGGGGUGAGAGACCAUCCCAGCACCAGAAUGAAAGAGCUGGGCGGGCCGGAUGGGGAGAAUGAAGCGGGCUGGUCCAAGGUCAGGAUCGAUGCCAAAGACUGGUCAAGGGUACUGAGCGUGGGUAGGGUCAGUGCCAAGGUGAUUGCAUGCUUCAUCAAUGAGGGCGGCUUGGUGUUGUAUGUGUACUUGCCCAAUGAUGAGAAUGGGAGUGAGGACGAGUCAUGUCUUACGUACUAUAUCAGCUCAUUCUCCGUCUAA